AUGCACCAUGUUGCUUUUGAGAUAUGGCAGGAUCGGGAUCGGGGGGAGAUCAAGUUGAUCUCCCACAGGAAGAAGUUAAACAAGCUAGGAUACUACCACGAAGGCAUUAGAGACAAUGUGUAUGGUUCUGGUCUAAUGUCUUUGGUGGGCAUCUCAUAUGACUACGUCGAUAGGAGUUUACUCUUAGCAUUUGUGGAGAGAUUUCAUUUCGAGACCAACAGUUUCCAUCUCCCCGUGGGUGAGAUGUCGGUGACUUUAGAUGACGUGUCAUCCUUGCUGCACCUCCCAAGUUUAGGCCAGUUUUGUAAUCUGAAAGAAGUAGACUUUGAAGAAAGUCAACGCGCCAUUGUCGAGCUUUUAGACGUGGAUGGUGGGAGAGUUGGUGUUGAGUUACAUGCAGUUCACGAUGCAAAAGUCAGACUGAGCUGGCUUCGAGACAUCUAUGUUGAGUACUGUGAGGAGCAACAAUGGGAGUACGAUGCCCGGGCAUAUUUGUUGCAUCUAGUUGGAUGCACUUCCUCCUUCCAAAGAAUGACUCUUAGUCUGUGGCAGGGGUUUGUAGUUAGUAUUGGACCUCUACAAUGUUAA